UGAGCGCCUCCCAGAAACUCAGUCUCACAACACACAAAACAGAAGUUUGGAUUAUAUUUACGGUUUCACAACUUUUAAAGUACCAAAUAUGGAGAUAGUAUUUAUUUUUUAUUCAGUCCGACCGAUCUGAAGUUUUGAGUCUACCGCGAAGACGAGAGAAACGUUGCGAGUUUUCAGCUGCAUGCAGUGGAAAUAAACAGCCGGGGAUCGGAGCAUAGAGGCGGCAUUGCUCUGAAAUUGAGCCCGCGGUCUGAGGCCCAAACUCCCGCAGCUGAUACAUGUUUGUGUUGAUCAGUUGACAUGAGGAGAGAAGAUACUAAACCGAGUCAGGACGGUUUUGCUGCAGAUCGUUUGAGACAGGCUCUCCUCCAGCCCUGAAUCCCAGCAUGACAGAGGUCCAGGCCACAGUAGAGUUCUCUUUGGAGCUCUGCAAGUUCUACAAUGUGGAUCUCUUCCAAAGAGGGUUCUAUCAGAUCCGAGCCAGUAUGAAAGUGCCGCCACGGGUCCCGCAGAGGGUGGAAGCCAGUCUGCUGCAUCCCACAGGUUCGGAUCUGGCUUUCCCAGCAUCAGUUCAAGAUGAUGUAAUCUGCAGCAAAACUUUUCAGAUCCUUUACAAAAACGAGGAGAUUGUGGUCAACGAUGUCCUCAUAUUUAAAGUGAUGAUGCUGCUAGAUGCAAAGAAGGUGGAGGAGUCCUUAAAUGAAAUGGACUUUCAGCUGACUUUGGAUCUGUACUUCACUGAUGGCGACUAUUCGCCUGAGGACCCCAGUUCUCUCCAAAGCAUCAGCAGUCGAACGCUGCGUUUGCACUUUAGCCUCCACAGAGGCAUCCACCAGCAUGUCAACGUCAUGUUUGACUACUUCCACCUGUCUGUCAUUUCUGCCACUCUCCACGCCUCACUGGUGGCCCUGCAUCAACCUCUAAUCAGUUUCCCGCGGCCGGUGAAAAGCACCUGGCUGAACCGUAAUGCACCGGCACAGAGCAAAGACUCUCUCAUCCCCCCACUGGAGUCUGUGGUGUUCGGCAGCAGUUACGUCAAACAACUGUCCCCAGAUAGGAAAACCUUCCUGGUAUCGGAUCAGUGCCUACAGCACGCCAUCAGCCUGCAUCAGAACAUGUGUGCCAGCCUCCUGCAGGCAUAUCAAGGCCUGUUCUGCUACUUUACCUCCAUGACCAAGAGCUUGCCCUCCUCCCAGCGCAUGGAGCUAGCCAAGCCCAGCAUGCAGGUCCUUUAUGAACGAGUUCUCAGAAGACCUUACCCACCAGGCCAGAGGCACAUCUACAUAGAAGAACUUGAUGUGGAGGCACGACUUCAUGAGCUUUGUGAACAAGUCAAGCAGAGGGCAGAGAGCCCAGAUGAGCUGGCUGAACUGGUGAACAUGAACUUGGCACAGCUGUGCUCUCUCCUCAUGGCACUAUGGGGAAAUUUCCUAGAAGUUGUGUCGCUUAAUGAGCACGUCUCUGUACUGCUGGCCCAGGAGCACCACACACGGCGGGUGCGAAGAUUUGCAGAAGCUUUCUUUUGUCUUGAACACCCCAGACAGAGUGCACUGGCCUUCCAGGAACUUCAUGCUCACAGUCACCAACAGAUGACCACAGCUAUCAAAAACUCAUCUUAUUUCCUGUCUUUACCACCUCUUCCUGUUGAAUGUGCAGACCUUGACGGGGAUGUGAACUCCCUGCCAAUCAUCUUUGAGGAUCGAUAUCUAGAGUCCAUUACUGAAGAUCGUGAUGGUCCAUGGCUUGGUCUCCACAACAUUAGGAGUGGCUCUGUCUCCACUAAAAUAGAUAAGUCCAACUCAAAGGACUUCAUUGCUAGUGUGGAAGGAGCCCUCAGUCCACACUCAAAUAAACAGCAAGCUUCUCUUGCCACUGCUUGGCCUGAGCAAAAUGAGCCUCCCCUCAAAUCCAAAGCCAAAUCUAUCAAACUGAAGAAGAAUGCCAAGUCUGAAAAUCCCAAGAAGCUGACCAGGCAGAGCUCUAAAGACUCUGUGGUUCUCACAGGCUACAAGAACUUGAAGGUUCGUCAAAGUGAACCAACCACCAAGUCCAAAGAGGUUGACACUCAAUGCAAUCAGAAAGAUGAGGUAGAUGAUCCAGGCCUAUCCGGUGACAUCAGUGAUAGACCAGGAUACAAAUGCGCCCUCCUGAAUGAAACUUUAAGCUCCGAUUUUGCUUGCAAUUCUAGAGACUGCACAACCAGCUACAGCCAAGGCAACGUCUGUAUGCAGAGCGACACCUUUACAAAUGUUUUGAGUUUACAAGGUCAGGCUAGACCCCAGGCAGGUCCUGGAGCAGAAGCUACACAGAGUGCAGCUGUGCACAGAGUUGAUUCAACACAUCUGCUUGGUGGGCUUAGACAUAUUGAUGUUAAGCCGAGUGACAAGGACCCCUACCAGGGCGAUAAGGUCACCAUUCUUCUACCCCACCACACAGAUCUGACCCCCAAGAGGGAUGUUCCAGAGAUCACACAGACUGAUUUUCAUGAGUUCAAGAGUCGAGUUGGGGAUGGCACCACAGUCGUUGGUCCUGUUGGACGUUGUGCGGCAGCUUUAAGGUUUGUUCCUCCAGCAUCCUCCCGUCUUUCAGACUCCGGAAUUGAGAGCGAGCCAAGCUCUGUGACACAACUUGCCCCGGUUUCCGCAUCUCCUUUUUCCCCUACUGGACUUGAACUGCCUGUAGCGCAGAUUCCAAAAAUCACCCAUCAGAGAUCUGCUCCGCUCAGCCCUGCCUCGGGAGUAACCACUGCAUUGGAGGGUCUCAACCCGGAGAGCACCAGUGGUGUCAGUGAAGUCCAGUCUUCCCUCACAUCCAUCAACUCUCUCCCCUCAGACGAUGAGGUGGAGACAGAGGACAUUAGCAGGAAGUCCAGCAUCCUGGUGCAGGAACAGAGCCUCAUCUUUUCUGGAGAAUCUCACGGCCUCCCAUUAUCCGGCUCUAGACUUUUGGCUCAGCAAAAACCCUCCUUUGGUCAAGGAGAUGGGCUAGUGUCUAACAAUGAGGAUUCUGCUCUCCAGUCCCACUAUGAAACCUUUGCUCCAGACAAGCAGGCAAGAUCUGCUGAGAGCAAUGUUACAGGCGGAGGUGGUCCAUGUAGUGAGCCUCAGACUGCUGCCCAGUCCAGUACAUCAGCCACCAGUAGCACAGAUCUGGUGAAAAAAGGCUUUGUGGAGAACUACUUUGACUCGCGCUCCAGCACUGACAUAUCUGAGAUCAGCCCACUAGAGACUGCUGCCGUAACUCUGGGAAUCCAGACUUGCCCCAAUGCUAAUGAUGAAGAAGAAGAAGAAGAAGAGGAGGAGGAGCAGGACCACGAGAUGAUCGAGAAUGGUUACUACGAGGAGACAGAUGGGCCUGUUUAUGUUAAUGGUCUGCCAGGGGAGGAAGAGAAGUGUGGGUAUGGGGGAGCAGAGGGGAGAAGCCUCUUUUAUGAGCACUUGGGAUUGGAACAGCUACAGGAAACAUAUGCUACCUCUGCUGGCCUGCAGAUACGGGCUCCUGGACCAGCACCGACCAGCAACGAUGUGUGCUGGUACAAGUGUGUCCAAACUUUUCAGAUGAAAGCGUUUGUGCAAGCAAAAGAGGAGUUGAAGCAACUGAAGUUGCCAGGCUUCCUGUACAGUGAAGUGACCGAUUUGGCGUCCACUGUACCUUAUUUCUGCAUGGAUGAGGAUGAAGGCUGUGAUGAGGGCAUACACCUCAUUGUAUGUGUACACGGCUUGGAUGGUAACAGUGCAGAUCUGCGGCUGGUGAAAACUUAUCUGGAGCUCGGUUUACCUGGGGCACGCAUAGACUUCCUAAUGUCAGAGCGCAACCAGAAUGACACAUUUGCUGAUUUUGAGUCGAUGACUGACAGACUUUUGGAUGAAAUAGUGCAGUAUAUACAAAUCUACAAUCUAACAGUUUCCAAGAUAAGUUUUGUGGGUCACUCUCUGGGAAAUCUGAUUGUGCGCUCGGUGCUGACGAGACCCAGGUUUAAGUGUUAUCAUAGCAGACUGCACACGUUUCUGUCUCUAUCUGGACCUCAUCUUGGCACGCUGUACAACAGCUCAGCCCUCGUCAAUACUGGGUUGUGGUUUAUGCAGAAGUGGAAGAAAUCUGGCUCUCUGCUGCAGCUGACCAGUCGAGACCACUCAGACCCACGCCAGACUUUCCUCUAUAAGCUGAGCAAGAAAGCAGGUCUUCAGUUCUUUAAGAAUGUGGUGCUGGUCGGAUCUCUGCAGGAUCGAUAUGUUCCCUAUCACUCUGCUCGAAUUGAGAUGUGCAAAACAGCCUUAAAGGACAAACAGACUGGUCCAGUGUAUGCUGAGAUGAUUGAGAACCUUCUACUCCCUGUGCUUCAGAACAAAGACUGUAACUUGGUGCGUUACGACGUCAUCCAUGCACUGCCCAACACCGCCAACUCUCUGAUUGGCCGGGCAGCCCACAUCGCCGUCCUGGACUCUGAGAUUUUCCUGGAAAAGUUCUUCCUGGUGGCAGGACUCAAGUUUUUUCAGUAGCCUGCUUGAUCAGACGAAUCCGGAGCGAAUACCUCACUACAAAAGGACCAUGCCGAGCAUUUUUCUGAUUUAUUUUUUCACGGUUCCAAGUAUGCUCUUGGAGGUAAAGAAAAAUAUAUCAGUGUUAUUUUCGUUGGUGAUUUUGUUUCUAGUCUGUUGUGAAUGUGGAAUUGAACAUUUUUAUUUUUCUACUGCCAUUUUUUUUUUAAAGGCUACUUUUACGGUUUUAUUCAUUAUUAAGAAAAUUAAGCCUCCUUGUGGUAUUUUUUUCCAGUGUUAUUUAUGUUCAUUUUUACCAUUUUUGUUUAACAAUUCAUUCUAGUAAACUAUCUUAUGCUGAACUGGAAAUGUAGCUGCUAUAAAAAGAAUGACAUAUUUAUUUGGGGUGAUGAUCCAGGUCUUCUUCAUGGUAAAAGCACGUUCACUUGCAUACAUUUUUCUAUCAAGAAAUUGCCAUUUGACUACACAUUUUUACAACAAUCCUUUUUUUUAUUAUUAUUAGAAAGUCAAAGGCUUCCUGAACAUGGACGGACAUUUGAUUGUAGCUGAAACUAAGCAGCCUUGGACUGUUUGUUGGUUUUAUAUGAUGUUUCUAGGUGCCCAUUGCAUUAUCAUGCACAGUCUUAACCCAGCCUGGUGUUGGGUAGCGAACACAGCUUGGCAUGUUAGCAUUAUAAUUUUUUUAAGGGGAUACAGGUAACUAAUUUACUGGGGAUGGGUGUGGGCUAGUUGGUUAGUCAGUUUAAAUAGCACAAAACUAGUAAUUGGAUCAUGUGGUUCUGGGAAAGUAUUUAUGUUCGGUUUCCUAUGGAGGUGUGAAGUAAUUCUUGUGUGCACACUUUAAAUGAAACCUUGUUUUUGUUCAAAUGGUUUUGUAUCAUGGACUCCACAUUUCAUUAAAUGUAU